AUGGAUACUAGACAGAAAGAGAAGACUGUGGAGAAGAGUUUGGGGACUUCCGAGCACACACCUAAGGUCCUGACAGGGAUCGUGGGAACUAGGAAGAGGUCUCGGAAAACUAAGGAUUGGACAGGGGCGUCCGGUGCUGGAGAUGCCUCAGUGCUUAAUCCAGUGGAGUUGUCAGUCCCACCUACUGGUCGGACCGGGGAGGCCAUCCUGACUGAAACUCAGAUCAAUCAAACUGAGGUUCAGCUGGGUGGAGAGGACAGGCAGCUGGAAGAGACCAGAGAACAGCUGAAUGGAGCUGGAAGCCAGCUAGGUGCAGCUAGUGGGCAGCUGAGAGAUGAACAGGAUGGUGAAGCUGAGUCCUCAGAGACUGGUAACCGAGCUGAUCCAAACGUCAAGAGAGAUGGGCGGACUGGUCCGGUUGAUCAGAUGGCUGAGCCAUCCAUGAAGGAAGUACUUGAUGCAAUCAAGGUAAUGGGAAGUCAGAUGCGGGCAAUGACCCAAGUGUUCACACCAGUAGUGAACUCAUCAAAGGGUCAGACUACACAAGCUCAAGUGAUAGCUCCUGGAGCUGGUGGACCUAGUGGUCAAGUAGCGCCUGUAGCUGAGGUGAUUGAGCUGGAUCCACCAGCUGGAACAGCUAAGAAGGUUGAUUACCUGAAGGUGCUGGAGCACAUCUCUCGGUUGGGAACAAAACACUUUGCUGGAAGUGUUGAUCCUCUAGAGGCAGAUGAGUGGAGGACCAGGCUGGUUCGCAAUUUCAAAUCCACUCGUUGCCCAGAUGAGUAUCAGAAGGACAUUUCAGUCCACUGUCUGGAAGGGGAUGCACACAACUGGUGGUUGGCCCUUGACAAGCGUACCAAUGGUACCAUUGAUCGGUUUGCUGACUUUGAGAUCGAGUUCAACCACAAGUACUUUCCAGCAGAGGCAUGGGAUCGUUCGGAGUCUCAAUUCUUGGACUUGGUCCAGGGAAAGAGAUCAGUUCGAGAGUAUGAAGAGGAGUUUAACCGCCUUAGGCGCUUUGUGGGAAGGGAGCUGGAGGAUGAGGCAGUCCAGGUCCGGAGGUUCAUAAGAGGCCUUAGGGUCGAACUCAAGACCUACUGCUCAGUCCGUACCUUUCACACAGUGUCUGAGUUGGUGGAGAGGAUGGCAAUGCUGGAGACCAAUCUGGCUGAAGAAAACAAGCAAAGACUAAACAGUGUGGUUGUGUCUUCUGGUCAGAGUGGUGACCGGAAGAGAAAGAGGGAUGCGGCCGAAGGGGGUAAAACCUCAAGUGGUAGGCCUGAGUGUCCCAAAUGUGGAAAACACCAUGGAGGCGAGUGCUGGAAGGCUAUGGGAGCUUGUACCCGUUGUGGUAAGAUGUAUCACUCAGCUCGAGACUGUCCUGGACCGGAGAGGAACCGUGGGCAAGGCUCAACCAGUGAGGCCAGGACUUGUCAUCAGUGUGGCAAGAGAGGGCACGUCCGUGUGGACUGUCCUCAGUUGCAAACUGGACAAGGGAGGGGUCGUGUUGAGAACAACCGACCAGACCACAAGCAAGGCCAAACCUCAGCGCCUCGAGUCUAUGAGCUUUCCAGGGAUGUGGAUGAGUCCGGACCCUUCAAGGCGAUCACUGAUAUGAUUGGAAAAGGUAUGUUCCAAAUGGGAACCAUGAAUGAUCUUGGCUUGGUGAGUGCAGCCGGUGGGCAAGUUAUGCAUUCACUAGGUCUGGUUAAAGACAUUCAAGUGAUGAUCCAGGACAGGGUAAUGCCUGUGGAUCUGAUUGUGGUCCGCCUUAAGAAUCACGAGGUGAUCCUAGGCAUGGACUGGCUUGGCAGGAAUCGGGCCACCUUAGACUGUCAUCGAGGAAGGGUGCAGUUUGAGAGUGGGUGUGGACCCCCGAUCAAGUACGAAGGUAUUAAUCCGGCCUCUGGAUGCUUAGUGUUAUCAGCAGUCCGUGCGGAAAGGAUGCUGGAACAAGGUUGUGAGGCUUAUUUAGCCACAAUCACCACUAAGGAGGUCGUAGGGGUUGGUGGCCCGGACGGGAUACCGCUGGUCAGUGAGUUCGAGGAUGUGUUUAGGUCGCUACAGGGCAUUCCCCCUGAUAGGUCUGACCCAUUCAUAAUAGAGCUGGAACCAGGGACGGCCCUAAUGUCAAAGAGCCAAUACCGCAUGGCUCCAGUUGAAAUGGCUGAGCUAAAGAAACAACUCGAGGAGUUGCUGGAUAAAGGGUUCAUACGCCCAAGUGUAUCACCCUGGGGAGCACCAGUCCUCUUUGUUAAAAAGAAGGAUGGUAGUUUCAGGUUGUGCAUAGACUACAGAGGGCUGAACAGGGUUACUAUAAAGAAUAAGUACCCUUUGCCCGGGAUUGAUGAGUUGCUAGAUCAGUUGAGGGGAGCCAAGUGGUAUGGUCACUAUGAGUUUGUGGUCAUGCCAUUCGGAUUGACCAAUGCACCAGCAGCCUUUAUGAAGAUGAUGAAUGGAGUUUUUCGAGAUUUCUUAGAUGAAUUUGUAAUCAUCUUCAUUGAUGACAUACUUAAGAGCAUUGGCUUCCUAGGACAUGUAGUGUCUGAGGAAGGAGUCUCAGUUGAUCAAGAAAAGAUCAAAUGUAUACAAGAGUGGCCGAGACCAAAGAAUGCAACUGAAGUGAGAAGUUUCUUGGGUCUGGCCGGCUACUACAGGAAGUAUGUCAAGGGGUUUGCUAGUGUGGCACAACCUAUGACACAACUUACUGGAAAAGAUGUCAAGUUCAAGUGGUCUGAAGCUUGUGAAAAGUGCUUUAUAGCCUUGAAGGACAUGCUGACCAGUGCACCAGUCCUGGUGUUACCUGAAGCCGACCAACCAUAUGUGGUGUACAAAGAUGCAUCCAUCACUGGACUAGGCUGUGUGCUCACACAACAUGGGAAGGUCAUAGCAUAUGCCUCAAGGCAGCUCAGGAAACAUGAGGGCAACUACCCAACCCACGACCUGGAGAUGGCCGCAGUGGUAUUUGCGUUGAAGAUAUGGAGAUCAUACUUGUAUGGUGCCAAAGUUCAGAUUCUCACUGACCACAAGAGCCUGAAGUACAUAUUCACUCAGCCUAAGUUGAAUUUAAGACAAAGGCACUGGAUGGAGUUUGUGGCCGACUAUGAUUUGGACAUUGCCUAUCACCCAGGCAAGGCCAAUCUAGUGGCUGAUGCAUUAAGCAGGCGUAGGGCUGAAGUAUCAGCAGAGAAGGAAGCAGAGAUCUUGGAAGGGAUGGUCCGGUCAUUGAAUCUAAACACCUUGGCCCGUGAGACUGAGCCUUUGGGCUUGGAGGCUGUGAACCAGGCUGAUCUCCUUACAAGAAUCCAACAAGCACAAGGCUCGGAUGAGAAUUUGCAAAAGGUUGCAAGGAAUGACAAGACUGAGUACCAGAUCACCAGCAAUGGUACCAUUUUGGUACAUGGGAGGAUCAGUGUUCCUGGUGACCGGAAACUAAAGGAAGAGAUUAUGAGACAAGCUCAUAAGUCUAAGUUCUCUGUGCAUCCGGGGCUAAACAAGAUGUAUAAAGACAUCAAGAGGUGUCCUACUUGCCAACUUGUUAAAGCAGAGCAUCAGGUCCCAAGUGGUUUACUUCAAAACCUCCCUAUACCAGAGUGGAAGUGGGAUCACAUCACAAAGGACUUUGUGACUGGGUUCCUUACGACCAGGAACAAGAAGGAUGCAAUUUGGGUGAUUGUAGAUCGCCUGACCAAAUCUGCACACUUCUUACCCAUUAAAAAGGGUGAUGGAGUGGAUGAAAUUGUAAAGGUUUAUGUGAAUGAGAUAGUGAGGCUGUAUGGAGUGCCGGCCAGUAGAGUCUCAGAUAGAGACCCUCGGUUCACAUCUUACUUCUGGAGGGCUUUUCAAAAGGCUCUAGGAACCAGAGUGAACAUGAGUACAUCUUAUCAUCCUCAAACGGAUGGUCAAUCAGAAAGAACCAUCCAGACCUUGGAGGACAUGCUAAGGGCAUGUGUUUUAGACUGGGGCGAUUCAUGGGAAAAGCACUUGCCACUGGUGGAGUUUGCAUACAACAACAGCUUUCACACCAGCAUAGGCAUGUCCCCUUAUGAAGCAUUCAUGAUAGGUCCUGAGAUUGUGGAAGAGACCACAGAGAAGAUCAAGCUAGUCAAAGAGAAGAUGAAGGAGGCACAGGACCGCCAGAAGAGUUAUGCGGAUAAGAGAAGGAAACAUCUUGAGUUUGAGGGCAGGGUUUCUGGAAGAAGGAAACUGGACCCUAGGUUCUUAGGUCCAUUCAGGAUACUUGAAAGAGUUGGGGCAGUGGCUUACAAGUUGGAUUUGCCAUCUGCAAUGGAUGCUUACCAUAAUGUUUUCCAUGUGUCUCAACUAAGAAAGUGUCUAACGGAUCAGGACAUUGUAUUGCCUGAGAUUCCAAAAGAUCUUGGUAAGAACCUCACCUUAGAAACAAGGCCGGUUCGGAUCAUUGAUCGGAUGGAAAAGGCAAUGAGAAGGAAAACAGUCCCUAUGCUUAAAAUAGUAUGGGAAUUCAAUGGCAAAGACAUUAUAACUUGGGAAACAGAGGCAAGAAUGAAAGCUGAGUAUCCUGAGUGGUAUGGUCAAUAUGAGGGUGGUGAACCAUCGAGUUUGAACUCGGGGACGAGUUCCUUCCAAGUGGGGGAGACUUGUCAUGUCCCUAGUUCUAGAUAA